UAGCAUUUACACAAAUAAUUCAAGUGAAAAUGGGGGAUGAUAAUAAGGUUCUGCGAGUUUUCUGCAUUGCAACAGCUGAUACCAAGUUAGAAGAACUUCUUUUUUUGUCUGAUUCAGUACAGUCUAAUCUUGACAUAUUUUGCAAAAACAACCAAUGUGAUGAUCACUCAUUUGAAAUUCAAGUGACGGUUGUGGAUGUUUCAGCUGAUACGCACACAAAGGACGCCGUGAGCUUUAAGAAUUUUCCAUAUGUAACAAGAGAAGAAAUUUUGUCUAAUUACAAGCAACACGAUGAAACUUUUGAAGAAACUGAUCUUCCUAAUGAUAGAGGUGAAGCAGUUGCUGUUAUGAGUAAAUCACUCAAAAAUUUCCUUAAGAAAACUCUUGACGAUCAACUUCUUGCCGGAGCUAUUGGUCUAGGAGGCACCGGAGGGACAUCGUUACUAUCAAACGCUUUGAGAGAACUUCCUGUUGGAAUUCCAAAGUUCAUUAUAUCAACUGUUGCUAGUGGUCAUACUAGCCAUUAUAUCGGUACAUCGGAUUUGAUCUUACUCCCAUCCGUGAUAGAUAUAUGCGGGAUUAACAGCAUAAGCCGUGUCGUGUUUUGUAACGCUGGUGCCGCUUUUGCUGGAAUGGUGGCCGGGAGAAUUUUCGGACUUAAAAAUACUUCUAAUGUGACUAAAAAACUCACUGUUGGUAUAACUAUGGCUGGUAUUACUAAUCCAUGUGUAAAUGUUGUAAAAGAAAGAUUAGAGAAAUUAGGCUUCGAAACACUGGUUUUUCAUGCCACUGGUGUUGGUGGUAGAGCCAUGGAGGAUCUGGUUAGAAGUGGAUACAUACAGGCUAUAAUGGAUAUCACAACCACUGAAGUUGCAGAUUAUCUAGUGGGAGGUAUUAUGGGAUGUGACAGUUCCCGCUUUGACGCUGGUCUAGAGACGGGGGUGCCUUUGGUUCUAAGUGUAGGGGCGUUAGAUGUAUCGACAUUCAGAGCUGAACAAGUACCUUCCUUGUUUAAUCAAAGGAACUUGCUUAUGCACAAUGAGCAGAUUACGGCCAUGCGGACCACUGCAGAGGAAAGCAAGAGAUUUGCUUCUUUUAUAGCUGAGAAGCUGAACAAAGCAUCGUCAAAGAUACGUAUUUGUUUGCCAGAGAAGGGUAUAUCUUCGUUGGACUCACCAGGGAAACCCUUUUAUGACCCUGUUGCCACUACGACUCUCAUCGAUGAAAUUCUGAAUCUAGUUGUCACAAACGAUGAUCUCCAGGUGAAGAAGUGUCCUUAUCAUAUUAACGAUCGCGAAUUCGCCGACGUGUUGGUCGACUCCUUGUUGCAGAUAUUGUAGCCAGCCUAUGAAUGAUUCCAUCCCUGAAUAUAUAAAAAAAACCAUUCCAAAUGUGGACACUAUUAUAAGACCCCGGUGGGGAACCAGUACGUUUAAGGUCAUGGUAAUCGCGACUCGCGAGACUAUCAUCGUCAUUCUUUGUUUCACCCAUUCUGUCGCUGUGUAUAAUUAAGUAAUGAAACGCUUCAUUUUGGAGUUGAUUUGCCUCAAAUACGUACAGGUUAAUUUAUUUUGCUGGUUAUAGUUUGGUUGAAGGUUGUACUCUUCUGCCUUUUGCUGUUUAGGGAAUGUCCUCUUGGGGUUGUCUCUUUUAUCCGCCUUUCAUACACUAAAUAC